AUGACGGGGCUCCCAGUCACCCUUCAUACUAAGGUUCUCACAGCCCGUGUCGUUGGCUCAGCCUACGGGUCGGUCGUUGGCUCAGUCUACGGGUCGGUCGUUGGCUCAGUCUACGGGUCGGCCGUUGGCUCAGUCUACGGGUCGGCCGUUGGCUCAGUCUACGGGUCGGCCGUUGGCUCAGUCUACGGGUCGGCCGUUGGCUCAGUCUACGGGUCGGUUCGUUGGCUCGUCUACGGGUCGGCCGUUGGCUCAGUCUACGGGUCGGCCGUUGGCUCAGUCUACGGGUCGGCCGUUGGCUCAGUCUACGGGUCGGUCGUUGGGGAGCCUAUAGACGUAUUUUACCUAAACUGUUCCAUAAAACUCAGCGGGUGA